AUGUUUACUGUAAGUAAGAAAUCCUUACAAGCAAGUCGUAACGCUUUCAGUCCAUUGAAUAAUAGCAAGAGAACAAUCGUAUUUACUGCAAUAGCAGCUUUUGGAGACCUAUUGAUUGGGAAAGAUGUUAGACUAGCAGAUGCUAUGGAGAAAGGGAAUCUGCAUAAUAAAAAUGGAGAGUAUGAGCAUAAGAUGGAACAAAGGACUCAAGAAAGGUUAAAUGCAUUACGAAACACAAGACCGAUAGAACCUAAUUAUGAGGGUCAUGUUCCACUUUGGUGGUAUGAGCGAAUGAUGCUCUUCGGUAUCAGUGGUUUAAAAUCUUAUUUCCACCCGGAGAACGGUGAGAACAUCGUUCAAUUAGGAGAAGCUACUGCUCUACCUUGCUUUCUUGAAAGUUUAAAACGGACAAUGUUGUUAGAUAAGACUGGUAGAAGGAUUCUACAAGACAGACCAAACAUCACAUCGGAAAGCCUUGACAUGGAACGAUUGUCAAAGAUGGAUAAAAAUUCAGUUGGCUAUACGUACUACAAAUGGUUGAUGAAAGAGGGGGUCUCUCCAGACACAAGGGCACCAGUUACUUAUAUCGAUGAUCCUGUCCAUGCUUUCAUAUUUAAGAGAUAUAGACAAUGCCAUGACUUUUAUCAUGCAAUAAAUGACCUACCAAUCAUAAUCGAAGGUGAGAUUGCAGUUAAAGCAUUUGAGGCAUCAAACAUUGGUGUCCCAAUGGCUGCACUUGGUGCUCUAUUAGCACCAUUGAGAUUAAAGAAAGUGCAAAAGGAAAGACUUUACUCCAUCUACCUCCCAUGGGCAGUCAAAGCAGGGCUGAAUUGCAAACCUCUCAUCAAUGUCUAUUGGGAAGAAAUCUUGGAUAAGGACAUAGACGAACUAAGAAGAGAAUUAAACGUCACACCACCUCCAGAUUUGAGAAAAAUUAGAAAGGAAAGAGCGAAACAAAGAAAACAGUUCAAGCUUAAGUAUGAGACCUACGAGAAAUGA